GGUGAAACCACUGUCCAAAACCACUUUUUGAUCGCAAAACCACUGAUUAAAACCACUGAAAACAUGUCCAAACCUCGACCAGUAGUAAACAACGAAAAAUGCUUUUAUACGAGCACUAUCAUUCCCGCUGCUUUCGACAACAGCUCCGUCUCCUGUUCAUCGAGCGAGAAAACAACUUCCACUCUUACUCUCCGGGAGCGCCGGGGCUUCAACCUCUACCUCUCAUUCGCCCCCGCAUUCCCCAAGAUCGAGCCAAAAGGCCAGCUUGGACCCACCCACGCCAACCUUCCUCGCCGUCGCAAGCGGAGCAGCGUUGUCUCAGUCGAGAUGCCCUCAUCAAAGGCCGCUGCUCCCGCCACUGAAAACACAGCAUACUUCUCAUAG